AUGGAACGUACGAGGAUCGCAAAGGUGGAUAAUGUGACACUUCUGAGGCGGGGGGAACAAGUCCUCGGCACCCUGCAUCUAACACCUCACCACCUCAUAUUUUCGCAUACCCCGCCAGCAACUGCUACAAGUGCAGACCAACAGCAGGGUGAUAAUACGAUCCCGAAACCUAAAGAGCUCUGGAUCACAUAUCCGAUCAUUUCCUUCUGCACGUUCAGACCGGCAGCCGCAUCCUCGAGGCAACCCUCCUCGAUACGCCUCCGAUGCCGUGAUUUCACAUUUGUCUGCUUCUCCUUUCCCAACGAGUCUAGAGCGAGGGAUGCAUACGAGAGUAUAAAGUCAUGGACAUGUAGGCUUGGUAGGAUCGAGAAGCUCUAUGCGUUCACCUAUCAGCCCCCACCUCCGGAGCGGGGUUUUAACGGAUGGAAUAUCUACAAUCCACGGGAGGAAUGGCUGCGCUUGGGUGUUGGAAAGCCAGAUUCGAAAUGUGGCUGGAGAAUAUCCACUAUCAAUCAGGACUAUUCGUUCUCACCCACCUAUCCUUCUCUUCUCCCGGUUCCUUCGAUGAUGUCGGAUAAUACGCUCAACUAUGCCGGGAGAUAUAGGUCUAGGGCUCGGAUACCUGUCCUUACUUAUCUCCAUCCUGUCAACAGUUGUUCCAUUACCAGAUCCUCUCAACCGCUAGUGGGUGUUCGUGGGAAGAGAAGUAUACAAGACGAGAAACUUCUAGCAGCUAUUUUUUCGACAUCCCGUCCGGAGAGACCUCUUGCGAACUAUACGCCUCCGUCAUCCUUGGAGGCUGAAUCACUAAAUUCCAGCCAGGAAGAACAGCCAAGUGUUCCGGCUGAUUUUGAAUUAUCCAAUGCUGAGGAGCUUGAAGACGAGGUGAUAUCUGCGGCAAGGGAGGAAGGUGCCGCAAGCCAGCCCCAAAUUUAUGGAGCGCAGCAGCACAAUCUUAUCGUCGAUGCGCGUCCAACCGUGAACGCAUUCGCGAUGCAGGCUGUCGGUCUAGGGUCCGAAAAUAUGGACAAUUACAAGUUCGCGACCAAGGUUUACCUGGGGAUCGAUAAUAUUCACGUUAUGAGGGACUCACUGAAUCGCGUUAUUGAUGCGCUCAAAGAAUCUGAUGUAACGUCAUUCGGGCCAAGCCGAGAUCAACUUGCGAGGAGUGGAUGGCUUAAACAUAUCAGUGGGAUACUCGACGGAGCGGCUUUAAUUGCGCGACAAGUCGGCUUGCAGCAUUCUCACGUGCUCAUUCACUGCUCGGAUGGAUGGGAUAGGACUUCCCAGUUGAGUGCGUUAAGCCAAUUAUGCCUUGAUCCAUAUUAUAGAACGAUGGAGGGAUUCAUGGUUUUAGUUGAAAAGGAUUGGCUUUCUUUUGGUCACAUGUUUCGCCAUAGAUCUGGGUUUUUAAAUAGCGAGAAAUGGUUCCAAAUCGAAAAUGACUUCCUGGGCGGAGAUGCUAACCGCACUGGUUUUGGCGAUGCCGGUGGUGCGGGAAAAGCGCUCGAAAAUGCCCUCCUCAGCGCCAAGGGCUUCUUUAACAGAGAUAAUAUGAGCCGGGACUCCCUAGGUGAUUCAGACGCGGAGGCGUUGGAUUUGGAUAGCUCUAAAAGACCAACUUCGCGGAUAUCUACCCCGUCAAAUGGUGUAGAGGUGACAAAGGUCAAGGAAACCAGCCCUGUUUUCCACCAGUUCCUCGAUGCAACAUAUCAAUUGCUAUAUCAGUAUCCUACACGCUUUGAAUUCAACGAACGCUUUCUUCGCCGACUUUUGUAUCAUCUCUACUCAUGCCAAUACGGGACGUUCCUCUUCAACAGCGAAAAGGAGCGCGUGGAAGCGAAAGCCAAGGAAAGGACAAGAAGCGUGUGGGACUAUUUUCUUGCUAGGCGAGAACAGUUCAUAAACCCACAAUAUGACCCCGUUAUAGAUGAUAAUAAGAGAGGUCGGGAACGCCUGCUUUUCCCUCGGCCUGGUGAAACGAGGUGGUGGAGUGAGGCCUUUGGCCGCAGCGAUGCAGAAAUGAAUACCCCGCGCAGCGGUGGCAUACCUCUGGAUAAGGAUUAUCCCUCUGGUUCGAGGACACCUGUACUAACUGGGGUUGAGACUUCCGAACGCUCUCUCGGUAGCUAUGCAUCUGUGCAACCAACACCCACUAAUACUAGCAGUAUGUCAUCAGCGGGGAUGGCAGCACUUGCUGUGGGCCUAUCGGGUUUAAGCCUACCUACUGGUCGAGAGAGCAGCCAGGGAAGACGAACUGAGGAGAUGGAGAAUAAGGAGAUGGAGGUUGAGAUGCAGUAG